AUGUUUAAAGCCAUUGCUUCUGGAAAAUCUGAUGCUGUAUGGUAUUGCCGAUGCUUUAAUGCUUUCAUUUUCUUUCUUUUUUUUCCUCACCUUCAAACGAAAUAUUGCUCGUUUCACAUCCCCUGCAUGCGCUAUGCUAAAUUUUUUUUUAAAUCUAUGUUCGUUUUCUUCUACGCAAAUCGCUUGCUUCACACACACACGAGGUCGAAGGAAAAAAAAAGAAGAAAAGAUUUGUGGUCAAUGGGCGACGCAGACGUCGCGACUGAUCAGCAACAACAACGCUUGAAACAGGUACCAAACAGGGGAGAUGCUAUUAACGCAAAUGCUGCCAACAGUUUUGACGAUGAGGAUGGUAACCAAUGCCUUUGGCAUCGCCGAUCUCGUGAGGUACACGCACAUUUGAAACGGCGGGUGGCGGGCAUUCUUACGCAGAUACGGUGCACGAGCAGUGCUAACCACUUUGAUCGUCACAGAGUUGAGGUGGACGAGCUGUUGCGCUGCGACGCCCCCAUGGGGUUCACCCCUUCGAUGAUCCUUGCAGGUGUGCCUGAUAUUAUCCACCUACUUACUGACGCUGUGAGGGAUCGCAGGGUACUGGAGGUUGGUAGGGAAAAUCGACAGGCCAUAUCGGCGCUCACCCCAAUAUGCCAAAGUUCGAAUUUCCUUAUAACUCCGAACCCUUUCUUCGUGAAGGAAAUUGCAUCGUCCAUCUGGAGGGACUCGAGUAAAUUCAAGGGAGACCGCGGAAAUAACACACCUAGUAAUGCGAUGAGUUCAGUAGGCUCAAAUGGUGCAAAGGGUGAUAAUAUAGAUUGCUUUUUACCACCACUUGUUCGCCAUGCAAAAGGUUCAGCACCGCAGGAGUAUCCCCAUACGACGAGUGCCUCACCCACUCGAGAAGGCAAACGGCUGGUGGCGAGAAUAGGGAAGUCAAAUGAGGUAACAACUGCAGCGGGGACGGCUGCGGGAUCGAGGAAAUGCGUGCGUGACGGAAGCAGUUCACCGCUUGACAAAUCGGGGCCGACAUUACCGCGAAUAGACGCUAACCGGCAGUCGGCGAAUCGGCAUGUGAACGGAACCGGGCAGGGAAACCAGCCACUACAGCAACAAUCAAACGGAUUUCCCUCAGCGUGCGCGGUCUCGGAUGCCGCCAACGCCAAGUGCGCUCCCCUUCUUUGCGAUAUCCCGUCUACUGUCGAGGCAAUGAUGUACCACUGUGCCUUCCCGCUUGUGUGUAUCACCCCGGAAGACUACGAAAGCCGUGCAAGUGCUACACACAUACUGGUAUCCACCCUUUCCUCAAUAAUUAGAAAAACUUCCGACAAUAACCUUCAUACUGAGUGCGAAGGGAUUUCGGGGGUUGACAAUGUCGCGAGCCAAAGCACUUCUGAUGAUGGUAAACCCGGAAGCAAUAUCAACGGGGAUUACAACUGUAAUGCUCCUCGGCCGACGAAUGCCGAACAAAAAAACUGUGAUUUGGAGCAUAAAAACAUGCUUUACCGACUGCGUCGCGCGGCACUUCAUACGCUCCACGCCCUCCUCUCCAUCAUGGAUUCGGAGAAUGCGAGUUUGGUAAACAAGCAUUUUGCGGAGCGCGAUCGUCAACUGUACGAUGCGUUUGGUGACAUCAACUUCUCUACAGAUAAUACAAUAAUGGAUAUGUGCAGCCCUAUGGAUGAGACAAGGGAAAAUGACAAUGAAAGGGUCGAAAGCGUGAGCGUGAAAGUCCUCAGCGGGGGAACAAUGGGCUCCCCGAGAGCGGUAUCUCCCCGCCGUCGUCUGUCCACCGCAUGCGUGAAAGUCAUGCAGAGGACACAAAGAAAUAUGUUGGUUCGCCGUGUCGCGCCACUGAGUGUAUAUAACAACGCCGUUGAUGUCAACGUACUUAUCCCUUUGCUGGAGCGAUGGACAUUCAUCUUGGAUAAAGGCACGGGGAGCAACGGAGUGCUGGAUUCUGCACGUUUUCUGACUCAGCGUCCAGGGGCGUGGGAAGUAGAGGAAAGGAGCAACAAAAUGGCAAAUAAGAAAUUGGCGAUGGCAUCCAUCACCCGCUGUGGGCAAGAGGGUCAUCAUGUCAUACCGGCAGAAAUGCACAGUGAGAAAAUUACAACAGGGGGUGGGAGAGAUGAAACCGUGGGUGCGGUUGUUCGUAUGUGUGAAAAGGACGUGGAGGAGAUCUACUUGCUCCUUCGUAUCUGCCUUCAGCUGUCCCUGUACAAACAUCACCUAAACGUUUCAGCUCGUAUGGCAGACACUUUUGGAGGCACUGGUAAUAAUACCUUCAAAAGUAUUCCCGUACUGGUUUGCCUGACAAUGGCCCGGUGCAUGGAAGGAGAUAGGCAUCUUCCCUUGUGUGUGGAGUGCUUGUGGAAUAUGCUCGACGUAAUCCCCGAGGAGGCUGCAAAGGAAAUACUCCACCACACCGGAGAUGAAAGCGGCGCCCACUUCCAACAGGAAGGAAAAAAACAGAGUGAGUACGCGACCACUAACUCUCCGUUAUCCAGAUUGUCUGCCACUGAAGCCCUUCUACAUUGUCUUUUGCAGUUUCUUGUCUCGGGGCACCGGCUUGAAUACCGUGAGCUACGCAAUGACAUCAUUGUGUUGAUGCUCAUUGUUCUCCGUACCCAUACAGCAGGGCUCAGGCAGCAGGAAGAAACAUUGCUGUAUAAUUCUGAGUUGGAGCACCCAGCCUUACCCCCGGGAUCAACUAUCGAGGCUAUUACAACCAUGGCUAAGACAGUAUUCGAUCUGGUCUGCGGACCAGAGUUGCAGGUUUUUGGGACAACUGCAGAACUCACACUAGAAUCUCCGGAGUUAUUCAGGCGGUAUCAUACUGUGCUCUCCCCCACUACACGAAGAGAAAAUUUGCAAUUUAAGGUACUUGGUUGGCGCUUUUUGGAAGCCUUUCAUGAAUGGCAAAACGUCCGGCUCACGUUGGAACUACGUUGCCGCCCACACAUGUCACGCACAACGUUGAGCACGCGUGCCCCCGCCCCAUCGGGAUAUGUCUUUGACACAAGCAAUACUGUCUUUGAUGUGUGCGGUGCCGGAUUUGUAGACCUCCUUCUUAUGUAUGUAGAUACGGAGUGCAGUAACGAGCUAGUUCUCGCAUGGUCAAGAGAAGAUUUGCUUACUCUACAGGAGGAGUCAUGGAGGGUUAUUUUGGCCAUGGUUGAGCCCCACGCAGAGCAUUCUGUCACUAAGGCCUUUGAGGGUGUUGGUGCGGAUCACACAUGGCAAAAUGGAAAGGAGGUUAAUUUGUUUAGCGGAAACCCCGGUGGAGGUUUGUGGGUUGAGGGUGUUGGGGAAGAAUGGCCGUUGUUGCAGGCAGAUUUGGCCUUUGUUGGAACCAACGGUAUCGCAUGCGCCAUGCGUUACAUCCAAGAAACGUGUAACGGCGACACAGAAAUGAUAGGGUACUUAGCAAUUCACGUGCUGUCGGUACUCAGUCGCUUUCCCAUCCAUCGCGAAGCGCUACUCGCCUUGCGGACUCCGGCGCCAACCACAGGUGAGCCCGUGCCUUUGUUACUCGCGACGACAGUUCAGGUGAUUCAGCGGCUGUUUAAUCAAGUUGAAAACAGCGCGAAAAUAAAUAGUAACUCCAACGGGACACGGGGUAUGCCAAAGCCCGACGGAAUAUCAAGGGCAGAAUCAGUGCAGCAUGUCGUGAGGGAUGCCACUGUCUCUAAGGGCAAUUAUGGGAGCAGCGUGCGGUGGCAAAAAGACUCAGAGGGAAGGAAGAAAACGCUUAAGGAGUCACAAAGUGUGCAAACGCGACCUGUUCAUAAGGGGUCUAGUUUGUUUGCCUUUUCGAAUGCAGGGUGUUCAAGUACACAGAGAACCUACGGCAUGUUACAACUCUCAAAUACCCAUGUAUACUUUCCCGCGCAGACAAUCAGUGUUUUUCUAAAGUGUCUUUCGCUAUUACACAACGUUGCCGAUGGAAGUAGGGAUGAGGUGGUCGCAACGCAGAGGGCCUUCAUACUAAUGGAUGGCAUAACCCACAUUUUGAGGCUAGUGUGGAACUCACUCACGCCAUCGACAUCAAACUCGAAGUUUUCUCGAUUUCAAGUUGAAGAGAGAAAUAAGGAGUUGCUCGCCGCCGCGCUAAAUUGUGUUCGGGUGUUCCUUAUUGGAAAUGAGGCGGGUCAAGCCCAGUUUGUCCGUGGAGACGGUGUGAACACGUUACUAACUGUCAUUGAGGCCCAUUUGGGGGAAGAUUCAGGCCAACUCUUCGAUACUGUGGAAGGUGGCCAUCCCCCUGCUUUACAUCUCACGUUGACCAUUUUAGCAGACUUGUUGCGUGAGAACGCGGAAGCCCGCGAUGCGUUCUUAAAGUGGUUUAACUACACUUCACAAGUAGUGGAAAAAGCAGACGAUGGGAAAGUGAAUGCUGUGCAGUUGCUGCUCCGCUUGUGGAAUGAAGGUGCUCCUAGCAGUGAAACUCAUGACGGUUCACAGCGGGUGGAAUCAGGAUGCGAUGUUUCUUCAGUUGCGACGACUGUGGGUCGCGAACCGAGGUUACGGAAGCGAGAUUUCGAUUAUCUAAAAAUCUCAACAACCUCCACUACACUUACGAAAACAUACGAUGUGUGUGAUGAAGAUAUCGAUGAUGCUUCGGCUGGACGACCCGCCGUUGCGACCGAGUUACGUCCGAGUUCGUGGGGGCUAAAUUCACUUGGUUUGCAGGGUCGUGAGCUUGUCACUGCAGCUCUGUGGAGGAGAUACGCCGAUCUGGAGCGGAUGGAUCGAUUCAACACUGAGGCAAGCUCAUCUGGGGAGCUUGCUUCUCCGAGAGGUUUCCGGGAACUGCUUUCAGCGCCCAUAUGCAAAGUGCUGGGGUUACGCGUAGGUGUGUACGCCUGUUUGGCUGCACUUGGAUUCGAGCGCAUUUCGGAAGUGAAGGCAAGUCCCAGUGAGCGGGUGAAGUUGCUACACAUUGCUGCUCUAGAGGCAUUGUGUAAAGAUGAAGUGUGGGGCGCGAUUGCGGAAUCUGUUGACUUGGCCGGUCGUGUGGUAAUACGCGCAGAGAAGAGGCCAUGUACAAGUACUAUGGGUUCCUUCUAUGGAGGAAAACAUCGAAAUUCCGUCAGUUUUAGGAAUUCCACUUUGUUAGUUCCCAUCAUACCUGACGCCGAUAAACUCGUGAGUGUACUGGCGGACGUCGACACACGCGCACGGGAGAUGAAACGCUUUGAAGCGGUGACAUUGGAUAUGCAAGGCGUGCACAAUUUCGAAGACCUACAUCGCUCUUUACUUGCAUUUGUGCGACACGACGACAAGGUCCCUGCUUGCACAAUUGCUGAGCAGUUUAGGAAUGGGUGCAAAAAGGCAAGCGCGGUGCGCUUAAUCUCCCCUCCCUUAACUGUUCAUACGGGAAGUGAAGGUGCCGAAGCUAUGAACGAUCUGGUCACCAUCGACCAGUAUCCCACUUUGUCGGGAAACAAUGCUCCAACAACACCAAUGGGAAGCUGGCGUCCGUACCUUACCAUGCCUACGGGAUUUUCCGAGAAGAAAAGGAAGAAAGAAGCUAUGAUAAAGAACAGCUUCAAGAGCAGCAAGGCACAAUGUAAGAAGUCAAUGACGUCUACAUGUCACAUGUAA